GGGGGGCGGGCUCUGUGUACAGGAGCAGAGUGUGCAGGGACAGAGCAGGAGAGGACGUUGAGCAGACAGGAGCAGCGCUGCAGGGAUGAGGGAAGACCUGUAUUUCACCGGGAUGAGGGACACAAGUUAUUUCACCUGUGUGGUCGGGGGUGGAGAUCUUCUGGUACUCUGCCCCAUCCAUAGAAGCUUGGAUUUGUCCAGGUACCUCACUGCAGAAGAUUUUCAGGGCAUCACAGACUUCAACGAUCUUCCCAACUCGCUCUUCGCCUGCAACGUCCACCAGUCUGUCUUUGAAGAUGAAGCCAGCAAGGAAAAAUUCGAAGCCCUUUUCCGAAUGUACGAUGAUUGCGUCACCUUACAGCUAUUCAAGAGCUUCAGACGAGUUCGGAUAAACUUCAGUAACCCCAAGGCAGCAGCACAAGCAAGGAUAGAGCUCCACGAAACACAGUUCAGAGGGAAGAAACUAAAGCUAUAUUUUGCACAGGUCCAAAAAGCAGAGACAGACGGAGACAAAUUACACCUGGCUCCCCCACAGCCAUCCAAACAGUUCCUCAUCUCACCUCCUGUGUCGCCCCCCGUUGGCUGGCAGCCCAUAGAUGACGCCACCCCAGUAAUCAAUUACGACCUUCUCUAUGCAGUGGCCAAGCUUGGUCCAGGAGAGAAAUAUGAACUCCACGCGGGAACAGACUCCACCCCCAGCGUCGUAGUCCACUCAGUGUUAUCCCUGCCCCCUCAUGACACAGAUUUAUAUCCUUCUCUUCCUUUAGAAAAUAGAAUUUUUUUUCUUUUUUCAUUUUUAUAGGGAGACAAAAGCUACACGGUAAUAUUAGCGUGUUGUUGUGACUAUUAUGAAAGCGUGCCCCCUUCUCAUUUAUCAUUGUGUCUGCGGGAAGAAUGUUGUCACAGUCAGGUGGCUGCACAUAGCAAAC